UAUGUCUUCCACACUGGACAGUCUAAUGUUAUAGACAACUUUAAGGGCCGCACAAAGCUUCUGGGGAAUCCAGAUGAGCAGAACUGCACUUUAGAGAUUGAUAAGGUCCAAGUGCAUGAUAAUGGACCAUUCUGUUUUCAUGCAGAAAAAGGCAAAAAUAAGUACAGGUUCAACCACAGCUGUGUGUUCAUCAUCAUGAAAGCAUCUCCUGACAAGCCUGUGAUAUCAGCUCUUCCAGAAGAGAUGGAGCCAGGCAAGCGAUUCACAAUACACUGUUCUGUCACACAUACAUGCUCAUCACAUCCACCAAUUAUCACAUGGAAUGUUCCGGCUGCCAGAGAAGUAGUGAGCCAUGUGGAGCGAAGUGCAGGCAAAUGGGAAACAACAUCCACAAUUACUUUUAUUCCAACUGGUAAUGAAGAAGAAGAAAAUCUCAUUUGUCGAGCUUCGUUCUGGGGGAAAAAGAACCAGGAAAGCUCAGCCUUAAUGAAUGUGAAACGAUUUAAAGGACUGGGUACGGACACCAUAGGAUUUGGUAUAAUUCUGCCUUUGUUUUUAAUAUUACUACUUUUUAUUGCUGCUGGAAUCCUCAUUUUUAGGAGAAGAGUCAAAAAGACAACUGCAGAUGAAUUACCACCUGAAAGAAGAAGAUCAAUUUGGAGACAGAUUUCCAGGAGAUUUGAUGCAACUGCAAGUUGGCUAAACUCUCCCAUGGAAACCAGCUUACCCGUAAGGCCACCAAAACCACAGAACAGGCGUAGCAGGUGGAGCAGAUUUUCCAGAAGAGGUCCAGUGACCAAUACAGAUCUGACAGUGCAGUACAAGGUAAACAAUGUCAGUGCAAUGGCCACAUCUGCAGGAUAUUCAAAACCCCGUUUUCCAUAACCAAAGAGCAUUAUGAUGAGGAUGAUUACACCAAUAUUGCAGCUUUCAAGAUGCAUAGAAAAAUGUAACAAUGACAAGAGAGUCUAUGCAGAACAAAUGAGAUAAAUGUUAGCAUUUUUAAAGAAUGUUUUCAUUAUUCAGUUUGUAAACUACAGUGGGAAUCU